UGAAGGGGGUGAGUGAGAACCCAAGCAUCGUUACCAGCAAGCACGCGUACAGUAACCUAACGAAGCCAUGUGGUGGCACCAGAGACGGUGGGACCCAGCGCGACGAAGCGUCACUAUUGCACUGCACGCCGCCGUGGGACCCGCACCCUUCUCCUUCCCUCCCCCCCCUCUCCUCUUCGUUCCGCCACCUCUCUCUCUCUCUCUCUCUUCAUGAAGUUGUUGCAGGUGCGACUGGAAUUUUCCAAUGCUUUCUCAGCGUGCAAGCCAUAACCACAGCGUUCCCUUUCUCCUCCUCCGAUGACGGCAUAUUAAGUCUGCAUGUUAGAUCCGAAAGAAAGAAGGCCAUGGCUAGCCAUCAGCUGGAAGGAUUACUGUCAUGCCCCAAGAACCAGCAGCAGCAGGAAAGGAAGCCAAGGCCUCACCCGGAACAGGCCCUCAAGUGCCCAAGGUGUGCCUCCACCAACACCAAGUUCUGCUACUACAACAAUUACAGCCUCUCCCAGCCCAGAUACUUCUGCAAGGGUUGCAGGAGGUACUGGACUCAAGGAGGCUCUCUCAGGAAUGUCCCUGUGGGAGGUGGCUGCAGGAAGAACAAAAGAUCAUUCUCUUCCUCCUCUUCCAGAAAGGCACAGGACCAAGAUCUCAUUACUGCCACCAACUCCUUCAAUCCACUCCCCUCCCCUACCUUCAUCCCUCCACUCUCCAGUGACCUCACCUUAGCCUUCGCUGGGCUCCACAAGCAACCACCCAACCAUGGCCACAGCCUUCUCCUAGGGCAUCCUAACAAUGAGUCCCUCCCUGCUGUCACAACAAACCAUGGCUUUCUUGACAUUCUAAGGAGCGACUCCAUUGACAGUAUCAACCCAAGUGGCUUAGACAACUACCUCUACUAUGGAUUUGGUGUCAGCGGGAAUGUGGAGGUGGGAGGUGGUGCCAAUGGAGAAGAUGAUGGGUUUCUGUCCUUCCAUGGGGGACUGGGUGGUGCAACAGCAACAGCAGCAGCCAGCCAAGGUUCAUGCAAGGACAUGGAUGAAGGGGAGACCAAAGUGUUGUUGGGUGGUGAUGGGAACUUGGCUGUGGACUCUGGAAGAGAGUGGACUGCUAUGGGUUCUUCCUGGCAUGGACUCAUCAACAGCUCCUUGAUGUCAGGAGCAGGAAUAGAUGUGUCCUCUACCCUCGGAGAUGCCCAUGCCUUCUUCUAAAAUCCCUACAUUCUCAGUUCUUUCAUUGCAUAUUUUUGGCUUUUCUUUCUUUCCUUCCGUUCUCUAUAUAUUGUGGGAGUGAUGAUCUGAAAGAGAGAUAUAUAUAUAUAUGUAUGUAUACCGUAAAAUUAGACUUUAGAGAGAUUGGCUUGAUAACUUAGCAGUGUGGAAAUAUAUGAUGAUGACCACUCACAUCUAUCCAAGUCUAGCUAGCUUAGUUGCUCUCCGUGGAGGCAAUAGGAGGAAGGAAGACAGAGAUGCCUGAUGAUAUAAUACUCGAUCUAGUGUAGGUUAGGAAUGUGUGAUGAGAAUCUAGGCAGAGAUUUGACUCCAUGCGCAGCAACAACAAAAUCUUAGUGGAGAUAUGGAGGAUAUCUUUUUGUCAAAGAAAAGCUUGUUGUUGGACCUGCCUGAGGUGGAUUACUAGUGCAUGCCUGCACAUGCACAGAAGUCCUCACAGACCAUGAUGCUUGGCUGGAAGAAGACUUCCACUUGUAUGUACUCUGCAGAAGAUUGGAUGCAAUGCAGAACUGGAAAUUAAUAGCUCUGGGAGAAGGAUUGUUGUGAUGUUUGAUGCUGUAGAUUACUCUGAUAGAUUUACAUUAUUUAUCCCAAGUUGGAAGACAUUGACUGUGAUGGUUAGAACUGCAGAGCUAUGUUGUAUUCUCUUGUUUGUCUUACCCACCUGUAAUUGUCAUGAACCACUGACAGACUUGCAUGUCUGAUGUUCUUUGAAGUUGCAAGACAAUGAUUGUGAUAAAUAGAACUGCAAAGCCCUCUCUCUGUCUCU